AUGUCGAGUCCUUCCCUGGGUAACCUGACUGUGGUUGGUUGUUUGCUUCUUUACGCCUCUGUCUUCGUCACAGGCUGGGACAAAACGAAGCUAUCAGAUACGGCUAUCGUCGUCAAGUGUCAUCUGGAGAGGAUACUGAAUUCCCUAGGGCUGUCAUUUACAUUCGGUUCCAUCUUCAUGAAGACGUACCGCAUACACGCCAUAUUCAGUCGUGCAGUGAAGAAGUUUAAACGAAUUCAUUUACCGGACUGGAAGCUCAUUUGCGGAGUUUUGACGGUUGUGCUUGUGGAUUGCAUCAUAUUUGCCGUGUGGAUUGUCAUGGAUACGACUACUGUUAACAGUCGAUUUCUUGAGCCCCGGCUUGACACAACCGAGCCCGAGAAGGAGAUUUUCGACGUUCCUGUGAUAAGGUAUUGCAGCAGUGAGAAUGCUCAGUACUUUACUAUCGCCCUCUACGGCGUGAAGGGAGUCCUGUUGACCUUCGGUAUUUUCUUGGCCUGGGAGACAAGAAACAUUGCCGUGUCUCAGCUCAAUGACAGUAAGAACGCAGAAUUGAGUACACCUCUGUUCAGUCCUGCGUAUUUUCUAUUUAGGUCAAUACUUAUUGGACUCCCAAAUUAA